AAUAAAAUAGUAAUACCACUAAAAAACACAUGGGGGCAGAGAUGAAGCAAAUGGUGCUCAUUCUGCCGUGGACUGAGAGAGAAGAAGAGUCGCACUUGUUUACGGAAGUGUUGAUAACAAACACGAAAAUUGAUGACAACUGGAAUUUGUUUUUUGUCCAUAUGUAAAUUUCUAGAAUUUAAUGAGACGUUUGUAAAAAGAAAAACAUGGAGCAUAUAUCACACACUGGGGCAGUGCUCGGAGGAAGCUCGGUCAAACGCCUUAAUAAUGGCUUCAAACCGUUGACCGUCAUGGCGCUGUCCGUAGUUGUUUCUGCCGUAGUUGUACUUGCUGUCGGUGCUUUCUACGCAGUUUUGGACCCUAUACUGCAAGAGCUGCGGGCGGGCAGAGUAAAGGAAGAAGAUGGGGCAGAAGUCAGGAUGUUAGGUUUCUGGAGUAUCUUGGUUCUCUCGGUAUUAACAGGAUUGAGUUGCUGCGUCUUCUCAUGGACACUGACUUACCUCAACUACUACAAACCGGGCCUGGUGCCACCAACACUUCUAACACUACUGUGCAGUGACAAACACGAACGAGAUUUCCUCUUGGAUUACGGCGUCGCUCUCCUUAACGGCACCAUGGCAACGUUUACCGUCAUCUGGAACCUGACCUAACUUUGUCCGACGUUUGUGUCCAACUAUAGCGAUGCCCGUUGAACAAUGUUUUCAACAUUGAACUAUUCAAUUUGAUCUUUGUGAAAUUUUACAUUUUUUAUUGAUGUCAAUAUUGGAAUACCCUGUCAAGUAUUUUGUAAAAAAAUUUUUUUCGUAGAAUGCCUCAUAAGACCAAUACACCGAUAGAUACAUUGGUUUGAAAAAGUGUUUGGCCCCUUCUUUAUUUCUUCUUUUUGUGCAUGUUUGUCACACCUACGUGUUUUCCACAAGUACACACAUAAUGCAGUUUUUAAAUGUUUCUGUUAAAAAAAAAUCCAAAGCUACAUGGCACUUCGUGAAAAAGUGAUUGCCCCCUAAACCUAAGCAACAACUGCAGUCAAGGGUUUGCGAUAACUUGUAAUGAGUCUCUCACAGUACUGUGGAGGAAUUUUGGCCCACUCAUCUUUGCAGAAUUGUUGUAAUUCAGCCAGAUUGGAUCGUUUUUUUAGCACAAACUGCCUUUUUAAGGUCUUGCCACAGCAUCUCAAUAGGACUCAGGUCAGGACUUUGACUAAGUCACUCCAAAGUCUUCAUUUUGUUUUUCUUCAGCCAUUCAGAGGUGGACUUGGUGUGUUUUGGAUCAUGUCCUGCUGCAGAACCAAAGUUAAUUUCAGCUCGAGGUCACAGAUGGCUGGACAUUAUCCUUCAGCAUUUUUUUGGGCGGGGGUAGACAGCAGAAUUCAUGGUUCCACUUAUCACAGCAUGUUUUCCAGGUGCUCAAGCAGCAAAACAGUCCCAGACAAUCAUACUACCACCACCAUAUUGUACUGUUGGUAUGAUGUUGUUUUUCUGGAAUGCGGUGUUACUUUGACACCAGAUGUAAUGGGACACACACCUUCCAAAAAGUUUUUUACUUUUGUCUCGUCAAACCAGAGUAUUUCCCCCAGGUGUCUUGGGGGGAAAUCAUCAAGAUGUCUUAUGGUAAAAUUGAGACGAGCAUUAAUGUUCUUUUUGCUCUGCAAUGUUGGCCAUUUUUGCCCAGUCUCUUUCUUAUGGUGGAAUCAUGAACUUAACUUUUGGUCGGCCGACCAGUCCUGGGAAGGUUCACCAUUGUUAUUCAGUUUUGCAUUUGUGGAUAAUGGCUCUCAAUGUGAUUCGCUGGAGUCCCAAAGCUUUAGAAAUGACUUCAUAACAUUUUCCACACUGAUAGAUCUCAAUGACUUCCUUUCUCAUUUGUUCCUGAAUUUCUGUAGCUCUUAGCAAGAUGUCUAGCUUUUGAGGUCGACUUAUCUUUGUCAGGCACGUCCUAUUUAAGUGAUUUCUUGAUGAAGAACAUGUGUGGCAGUAUCAGGCCUGAGUGUAGAGAAAUUGAACUCAAAUAUGAUAAACCAGUUAUGUUUUAACAGGAGGGGCAAUCACUUUUUCACACAGGGCCAUGUAGGUUUGGAUUUUCUUUCCCCCUUAAUAAUAAACAUUAAAAAAUUGCAUUUUG